ACAACACGCACUUUCUCAGAGCAGCUCUCAGCGGACUCGCUGCUGGGGAGGAUGAUGAGGGUCGCCACCAUGGACGUCCACAGCAGCUGAAACGCGCCUGGACAGUUUAAGGACACCCUCAAACUUUAGGAGGCUUCAAGGAUGUUCUUCUCAGAUGGAACUCUGUCAGCCGUCAGUGUCGCGCUCCUGCUGGGAAUAACGUGUGUGCUGGACCUCGCCAAAGGCUCCUCAGACAUCUCAGGUUAUCUAUCAAAAGUGUUGAGGAACUACACAGAGCGAGCCUGCGACGGAGACCUGCUGACCGUCCGCUGCCCUCCUCGCACCGCCAUCACUGUCCAGUCAGCUUUCUACGGGAGAAAAGAGCCAUCGGACGUGCAGCAGUGUCCACAGUCGUAUCGCCUGAGUUAUUAUAACAACAAAUACGCUGGAGAUGAUGAGCAGUAUUGUUCUGUGCCCACUGCACUUCAGAAAAUGCUGGACGAGUGCCAGGACAGAAGGAGCUGUAAAGUUCUGGUCAACAGCCGCGUGUUUGGGGAGGACCAGUGUCCCGGCAGCAGUAAAUACCUCAUGGUGCGGUACAAAUGCAGACCAAAUGAGUACAAGAGUAAGGUGGUGUGCGAGGAGGAGAGGAUGAGGCUGAGCUGCAAACGAGGGAUGCAGAUCGCAGUUUACUCCGCCAUGUUUGGUCGAACUCAAAAGGGCACCCUGGAGUGUCCCUUGCUUCAUCGACGAGCUCCAGCUGUGGACUGUCAGUCCCCGGUGGCUCUGCAGGUUCUCACCUCCCGCUGUCAGGGCAAGAAGAGCUGCCAGGUUCGAGCCUCCGCCAGGGACUUCGGGGAUCCUUGUUACCCUGGAACCAGGAAGUACCUGAGCGUCAUCUACACCUGUGUCCCAAAGAAGUUAGUCCAGGAGCAGGGCUCCAGACCACCGGCGUACUCCCCUCCACCCAGCGCCCAUGACCCUAACAUAGUGGGAGACAGCCCUCCACAGGGGACCCCAGUCAAGAGACCAGACGCUGUUCCAGCAGACAGGAAACGGAUCCGAGAGACGAACCCGGAAGAGGAGAAAGCCCAAGAGCCCGGCAGAGGAGGUGUGACCCCCCCACGGGUCCCAGACAUGAACCCCAUCAUCAACACCACCACCAGCUCCAACAUGCCGCUUAUCAGCAACGCUCUGGCUGCGUACACCUACAUAUCAGGUCACCCCGAGAGGGCGGCGCUGUUCUUCGUUUGCGGCGUCUGUCUGGGCCUCUUCCUCACCCUCUUCGCUCUGGUGGUCCAGAUCUCCUGUCGCACCGACUGUCCACCCCGACAGCGCCCCCCAACCAAGAAGCGCCCGCGCCCGGCCGACUCCUCCUCCGAUUCCAGCGACUCAGACUCGGACUGGGACACCACGUCAGACCUGUCGGCGCGGCGGCACCGCCGCUUCGAGCGCACGCUCAACAUGAACGUGUUCACAUCGGCGGAGGAGCUGGAGCGAGCGCAGCGGCUGGAGGAGCGGGAGCGGAUCAUCAGGGAGAUCUGGAUGAACGGGCAGCCGGACAUUCCCGGGACGCGGAGCCUGAAUCGGUAUUACUGAAGUUGACUUGAUGUUGGAAGGACCAGCGGCGGAACACUCAUGGGGUUUUAACUGAGGGGGACUUCCUCGGUGCUGCGCACGAAAUAAGCUCCUGUCUGCAUAAGCUGACCUCUGAGUGCUGGGUGGCGCUGACCCACUCCAGGGACCUGUCAUAAGAGGGGCGACCCGCUUCACUGGGCCGACAGAGACUUCCAUGAUGACUGAAGAACCGAGCCCUGCUGGGUCCACGGCAGCUGCAAACACUCCGGAAGGACGACGUGAGACAAUCUAUUCCUGAAACCAAAAGUCUGGAUGAAUUCAUCUCAACACUUUAUGAAAUAUAUUUUAUUAUAUUUAAUAGUUUAUUGAUGUUCUUUGUUUGUUGUUGUUCCUGACAUGGAUUAUUAUGAGAUAUUUUUAUACUUGGCGAAGGUUGUCUGGCGCCUCAGGGAUGCAAUCCUAGUGUUUCCAUGUCUGGUUGAUGUACUUGCUUCCUAAGGAGGGCUGUCCGUCACUCGCCCGCUCCAGCUGCGCAGGUGUGCCGCCAUCUUGGAUCCGUCAUGGUCCCCGAACAUUCCCCAGCUAGAUAGGAGCGCACUUUAAAUAAAAGAAGUUUGACAUCAGAGUGCGACAAAGAAACGUUCUCGUCUUCCCAAGACCCCAACUUCCACUCACUCGUGAACAAGACACUGUUUACCAGCAGUGAUUUAUGACUUCAACCUCCUCAUAUUUCUGAUGUUUCCCUUGAAGAAUUGUGCUUUUAAUGACUAUUAUUAACCACCCACAUCAACAGACAAGUGUCAAGAGUUUAUUUUUCUGGAUCAUCAUUUGGUGCUUCGCUCUUGAUUUUAGAGACAAAGUUGUGUCUUUUUUUUAAUAGAUAAACACAUUAACUUAUAUGUUCCACCACAUUUUUUUAUAUCAAAAAUGCACAUUUUUCAGUCGUUACUUGUAAUAGGAAAUUUAAAUUAUUCAAUUAAGAUGCUGCUCUUUGACUGACAUUCAUCAUCAUUUAAGAUUGUUAGAAUGUUUUAGAUUGCAUCUAGUUAUAGAAAUCAUUCGCCCUGGAAUCAGGAGGAUCAGCUCCUCUCAGUCAGACACCAUGGUUCUCAGUCAAAAAGGUGUGACAGGUCGUGUCUACAUUGGAGGUGAGUGUCGUGGAGUCUUGUUCGUGAGUGAGGGAAUGAUGGAGCGUCUGGUGAAGAAAGAGCUGAGCCGAAACACAAAGCUCUCAGAGAAGCUGAGGGGAAGGGAAGGGAAGGGUUUGGGGCCCCUGGGCAGAGGCCUCAGGACAGAGCCAGGACUCACUGGAGAGGUGAUGAAACAACUCAGUAUCACUAGGCUUCUCACCAGAGGCAAUCCAUCAACAUUUUGAGAUCACUACGAUGGGCAACAAGAUGGCGGCGUUGGUCGCACACGCUCUUGUUAGCAGCUAUGUCAGCAUUUUAAGAAAAGUAAUAAAAACAUCCAAGAGCCUCGAAGAGGUCAAGAUUUUUUUUUUUUAACUAUUGUUUUUGAGACAGUAAUUCACAGUGCAGUGCCUUGUAUUGCUACAGUGUCAAGAAUGCAGCUAUUAUUAGUGAACGAGAGUCAGACUUUUUGCACCUCUGGUCUAGUAGUUACACAGAUAUUAAGCCACGCUCAUGGAAUCAGUCACGUGACCCCUCACUGCUACAGACGCUGACUCCACCAUAUAAGCUACGUCCCACCCAGCUCAUGUCCAAAUGCUAUGAUAGGUGAAAGGGUGGUGUUUUUAAGAGUGAAAGAGUGAGCACGGGGUUGUUCAAAUCAACAGAGUCAACGCUCUUGUUGUUGUGUGCGUGUGUGAGUUGGAAUGGAAUGAAAUUGUGCCGAUGGAUGAUGGAAGUCAGAGCAGGACGGCUCCUGUGUUUGGA